UCACUGAUUUCUUGAGGACUUUGUAUAAAGAAAUCACAGAUAACGACGGAAAAACCAUCCUAAGUUCAGAAGAAUCAGUCGUUCUGUCUCUCGGAUCUACAACAAUGUUGGACGGAUUGUUAGGUCGCGGUGGUUUCAGCUCCAAAUGUAAAUCGUUGAUUAAGCCGACGAGGACACGAAUAGAGGUGUUGAGGAGAAGGGCGGAGGCGAAGCAGAGGUUUUUGAAGGAAGAUCUUGCGAAAUUACUCGCCAAUGGCCUCGAUGUUAACGCAUACGGAAGGACUGAAGAAUUUAUUGCUGGCUUGAAUCUCUUAUCUUGUUAUACUUUUAUUGACCAGUCAUGUGAAUAUAUAUUGAAGCAGCUGUCAGUCAUGCAGAAACUAGGACAAUGCCCAGAAGAAUGCAGAGAGACUGUGGCAUCCCUUAUGUUUGCUGCUGCAAGAUUUUCUGAUCUUCCUGAACUGCGUGAUCUCAGGGAUGUUUUUCAGGAGAGAUAUGGGACUGGUUUAGAAUGUUUUGUUAAUCAAGUGUUUGUUGAGAAGUUAGCCUCUAAACCUCCGGCAGUGGAGAAGAGAAUAAAGCUACUGCAAGAUAUAGCAACUGAAUUUUCAAUACAGUGGGAUUCUAAAGGAUUUAAAGAAAGAAUGAAUAAGUCCUCCACACUUGCUCAGGACCAAGCAAAGAAACUUGGAUCUCUGAGUGUCGCUGACGAUAAAUACAAAUUACCAAAUGGAAAUAUUGUUUUCCGGAAAAAUGAUCAGGGAUCUAAAGAAAGAAUAGAGCAUGCUCACAAGGAGCCCAAAUUGCACAAUGUUGGCGAUGUAAAUGUUAGGAACAUUCCUUUUGUGGGAAGAGAAGAAAAACGUCCUAAAGAAAGAAUAGAGCAUGCUCACCAGGGGGCGAUGUUGCACAGUGAUGGGAAUGUACAUGCUAGGAGAAAAGAGGUGGACAUUCCAAUUGUGGAAAGAGACGAAAAACGUGGCUACAAACGUGAGGUACUCAUCAGUAAGGCAGAGAAUGAUGGCUAUUUUUCUAAAGCAAAGCAAGAAUAUGCUUCUGAAGAGAAUGACAUCCCCUCGUUGAAAAGUUCAGGCAGUUCUUAUCGUGACAGAAAACCAGAAGUUUUCGAUGAUGCUAAGGUGAACAAAGGAAGUAAGGAAAGACACGGUUACAAACAGGAGUCAGUUACCAACAGGGCAGAAACUAUUGAGACCGAAAAUAAUUAUGGCUAUUUUUCUAAAGCAAAGCAAGAAUCUGCUUCUGAAAGGAAUGGAUUUGGAAAUAAUGAUACCCCCUCGUUGAAAAGUUCUGGCAGUUCUUAUCAUGACAGAAAAGCAGAAGUUUUCGAUGAUGCUAGGAUGAGCAAAGGAAGAAAGGAAAGACAUGGUUACAGACAGGAGCCAGUUACCGACAGGGCAGAAACUGUUGAGACCGAAAAUAAUGAUGAUCGUUUAUUUAGAGGGAGGCAGGAAUUUGCUGCCAAGAAGCAUGGAUCAUCAAUUGGAGCCGACCAUACUCCCUUCAUGAUCAAAAGUCCAAGAAGCUCCCGUGACAGAAGGCCAGAAAUUCCUGAUAACAAUCGUGUUAAUGGGGAUGGAGAAGUUGGUAUUAAGUCAACAAGAAAAGUGCAAGAGGAGGAAGUUCUUAAGUUAAAAUCUUGCUACAAUGGUUCUCUUCCACCACCACCACCACCAUAUGUUAAGUCAAACAUCCCACCACCAUACAGUAAGCCUAUUAAUGCAGACAAGAUCCAUAAGAAACAAGAUAGUCCAUACCACAAACAUGGAGGCCGUGAAGACCUGCCACCUCACAUUGUAACGAAUUCAGAUCAUGGGGUUGCGAAUGAUGUACUUUUGCCUAAACCAAGAUCCAUUCGUAGGAAACACUCCAAGUCAUCAUCUAGUCAUGAUGACGUUGGGAGCUCUGAAGAUGCUCGAAUUGUGAAGAGAAUUUCAAGUAGCAGAAGAAAAGAAAGAAAGGGGUUACAGAUCUUAUUCGACGAUGAGCACUACCACAAGGAUGAAGAGGAGAAAAUGAUGGACAAAUUGUUGUUACAUUAUAGCAAGAAACCAUCAGCUUAUGAUGUUGGGAAGUUAAGAAAGAAGAAAUCUAGCAAAUCUCCACAUCAUAGAAGCAUGGAUGAAGCAGAAAUGAUUGCUCCUCCCACCAGAUCAAUUUCUCUUCCACAUGAACAAAGUGGCGAAUCUGAAUCCAAGAAAGUGUAUGCUCGUGCAAACUCUUUUCAGCCCGAUAAUCAGGCUGCACACGUACAUCCCAAGUUACCGGAUUAUGACGAUUUGGCAGCCCGCUUUGCAGCACUGCGAGGGGGGUAAAAUGUUUUAUUUGGGAUAUAACUGAUUUGUUUGCAUAGGUGUUUCUGUUUGUUUUUAUAAAAGCAGGAAAAAGAAAAAGGAUUUAGAGUUGAUUGAGGGUUGUGUUUAUGAUAUCUAAUCGUGUUAAAAACAUUCACACAUUUAAUAGACCAAGGUUUGGUUCAAACAUGCAGGAU